AUGCCUGUUGCUCUUCGCUGUGGUUAUAUCAUGUUGGGAAUCGUGUUUCUUGUAUUUCUGGCCACCUGCUCGGCAGAGUUGGGGUACCAGUACCAGCAGAACAAUGCACUCCUCAACAGUUAUGGAGCUGCAGCUCAGGACUAUGGAAGCGAAGGAGCCGCUGGAGAUGGUGGUUAUCCAACAUUAGCUAAUGAACACUACCACGACCACGCCGAUUUCCACAAGCAUUUUUAUGCCUUCGAAGCGCCAUACGACUCCACCGAGGAGGCGGACCUGGUGGAGACCAAAUUGGCCUCUCUCGCGCAGAAGAACCUGCAGGUGGUGUUCAUCAAGGCCCCGGAAAACAAGGCCGUGGUGGGGGCUCUUAACGCACUGGCCAAGCAGACCACCGAGGAUAAGACUGCCAUCUAUGUGCUGAACAAGCAGACGGACUCGAACGAAUUGGCAAGCCAACUGAGCGCCUUGAAGGCGCAGCACAAACACAAGCCCCAAGUUCAUUUUGUCAAAUACAGGACGGAAGCGGAGGCAGCCCAGGCACAGCUGCACAUUCAGGAGCAGUACGGCGGAACGGGGUCCCCGCAGCCAGUACAGGCAUCCUCAUUGGGCUACUAUCCGGAGCAGCAGCCGCACUACUUGCCACCAGUCCCCCAACCAAGCUACUUGCCACCAGCACCUCGUCCGCAAACGAAUUACCUGCCACCAGCUCCUCAAUCGAGUUACCUUCCCCCAUCUCCUCCCCAAGCAGGAUAUCUGCCGUCCUUGCCCAACUAUGCCUCCAUUUCUCAGGGCUACAAUGCGGCUGGAGCUGGAUCUGGGGCAGCAGGCACUCUGGGGCAGAUCGAUUUGCCGCCUCUGCCUGAGCCGCAACAGGAUCUUGGUGGCAGCUACGACGACUUGGAUGAACGAUCCGGGAAAUCGCUUCGCACCGGUUUCCGAGCCAACGAGAGACGGCGCUCAGGCAGUCGCAUGGUCUUUCCCACAGAACUAUCCUCCUCCAAUUACUAUCGUUCCCAGCAAGUCUCCAAGCGCCGAAGACGCGCCCACCUCUAA